AGUGAUAGAGAUGAACUCGCUCGGCUUGGGAUCUUGGCUCCAGUUUCCGCCCAAUUAUAGAACUGUCGGGCUUGCUCAGUGCUGUUCCUACAUCUCGAAAGCUCCGAGUUCUAACAUUUGAUGGCAGCAUCAAACUCGAAGAUUUGGACACGGCGGUUCUUUGCUUGCUGGGUUGCUCAUGGCAACCACAUUUGGCGGCAUCCAUUGUGUGGCUUGGACUUUUGCCUUCCCCACAUACUUGGAACACUUGCUAUGGCGCAUCAGUGCCGUCGCUAUAACUUGCACACCCUGGCCUUGUAUUUUCACUUUAUUUAUCUUUAACGUCCUGGACAUACCGACUGCGGUGUACCUUAUUGUCUAUGCAUUAUAUGUCACGUUGUACGUUGCAGCACGUGGCAUCCUCUUGGUACUUAUGUUCACCACUUUGCGCAAACUUUCUCCUGACGCAUACAUCGUGGUGUCGUGGACUAGUUUAGUGCCGCACUUAUAGUUCUUGAUCAUGGUACUUGUGAU